AUGCGAUUACCUUUCCAACGGCGUAGCCCAUCGGCACGCCAAAGCCACAGCCGAGGUCCCGUUCUGGGUCCCAGCCUGGCGGUUUUAGCAGCUCUGGCGCCAUCUCUCACGCAUGCCAUAACAUUCAAUCCUGUGCCGUCGCCAAAUCUAGACUUCUCUAACCUGGGCAGGAUCGGCAUAGUUGGAGAUUAUGAUGGAAUUUCACUUUAUGAAUAUGAGGGACAAAAAGAGAGCACUCGCAGCUCCAACGGCAGCGAGUCACUUCUGGCACAGAUGCCCAACGGCGCGUUCGCCUCGAUACUAUCCACCGAUGCGUCGAUUAGAGCCAUGUGCUCGUUCCAGCUCAGUAACGGAGAUAUGCAAGGAGUGGUAAUUGGCGGUAAUUUCACGAGCCUGGACGGGACGCAGUCAAAGGCAGUUGCUCUUUUCAACCCCAACACGACCGAGAUCACCCCCUUGGACGGAAUUGAGGGCGAGGUCAACGCACUAUAUUGCGAUCAGGAACGAGACACGGUCUAUGUGGGUGGCAAUUUCAAGGGCGCCAACUCUACGAACGCCAUUGCCUGGGUUGGUACGGAUGGAUGGACAAAUUUGCCGUUCGCCGGCUUCAAUGGCCCUGUAAAGGCCAUCACAAAAGCUUCCAACGGACACAUUAUUUUCGGCGGAACCUUUACUGGUCUUGGAAACUCGAGUACACCCAAUAGCUCUUCAAGCCAGGUCAUCAAUCUAUCGACAGCCAACAUCACGGACGAAAAUGGAUCAUCUGGCACCGACCCCAAGGACAUCGUAUGCCCCGGUUCUUCUUCGACUCCUUGGUUAUUACAAGACGAUACACCGGGGUACUGGGAAGCAGAUUUUUCUUUUGGGUUUGCGCCCACCAAGCUCAGACUUCGGAACACGCGCCAGGACGGUCGUGGCACCAAGACUUUCCGCUUCCUUGCGUAUCCUAUCAAUGGAAUCAUGAAUUUGACCUACGUCGAUCCUGAGAGUGGUAACAACAUCACCUGUACUAGCGAGUGUCCACUCCGCGACGAAGAAGAUUACCAGGAUUUCACAUUUGUCAAUCGCGUCGGCAUGAAUAAGUUUCGCAUUGCUAUUUCCGACUGGUAUGGCAGUGGAGGUGGUCUGGAGUCUAUUGAGCUAUUCCAGAGUGACAUCUUUGCCUAUGCUAUUACCGAGUUCAACGAGCCCAAAUGUGGUGGAGUUAAGAACCCAGCUUCGGCUACUCACACUGGGCCUUGGAAGGUUUCUCCCUCGCUAGAGAGCAGUUCCGAGUAUCUGACUGCCGAGCUCAACGGUGACUAUGACCCCGAAAAGAUAUCUGUUACAUUCUUUCCCAACAUCAUAGAAUCUGGAAACUACUCUGUCAACAUCUACACCCCAGGCUGUCAAGCUGAUGACACCUGUGCUACUCGAGGCCGCGUCAAUAUUACCGGAGUCAUGUCAGGUGAUGAUGAUAAGGAUACUAAUUUUACAUCGACUUUAUAUCAAACAAACGAUUUUGAUAAGUACGAUCAGAUAUAUUUCGGAUACAUUGAGAAGAGCUCGGGUUCAUUCACCCCCUCUGUCACUCUCCGCCCACUUGCAGGUCAAGAUGUCGACACCCUUACAAUUGUCGCUCAGAGGGUUGAAUUCACUCUCACCAACUCCACUGGUGGCCUCAACGGUCUCUUCGACUUCGAUCCUGAGCAAGCAGUAGUCAACGCUACUAGUAUUGUGAACUCUCCUAUCAAUAAACUUGGAGCAAGUUUUGAUAGGGCCUCGGGUGUAAGCGUUUUGGUCACGGAUAGUAAUACUACCUACGUUGGUGGUAACUUCACCUCCAAGGAUCACGACAACAUCCUCGCUAUUAUCGAAAAUGACGAUGUGAAGGAGCCUGGUGGCGGUUUGAAUGGCGAAGUCUUCGCCAUGUACCUCAACGCUACGCAGCUCUAUGUCGGCGGUGAUUUUUCCAACACUGACAGCGGACCCGUGACCGGCCUGGAUAACGUCGCAGUUUACGACACCAAGGAAGACAAGUGGGGUGCUUUAGGAGCUGGCCUCAAUGGCCCGGUGAUGCGUGCCGUGCCACUGAUGCUAAACAUCACUGCCGAAAAUCCUGAACUUGUGAUUGCUUUCACGGGAGAAUUUUCUUCAUGCAACUCCUUCGACAACCACGAUGCCAUUUCCGUGGAUGGUUUUGCCAUAUGGGUAGCUUCUCGAGGCAACUGGUUGCAAAACAUCGACGGCAACUACCCUGCUUUUGAUGGUUCACUUACAGCCGCUGUCCUAGAUAUUCCCAUGGACGGCGGGUCUCUAUACGCUGGAGCGCUCUCGUCCGCACAACUCGGUACAAACGGCGCCGCUACCCUCUCGGACGAUGGUCUUGGUCAGUUCCCUCUCAAGAUCCGUGCCGCUACUCCGUCGUCAAGCUCAUCUGCACUAAGCCGUCGAGAUGUUACUUCCUUCAAUAAAAACACCACGGGCGUUGUGACUGGUAUAUUUUACGACGAAAAUGAUUACAACAUCACCAUCCUAGCAGGUCAUUUUACGACUGAGUCGACAAAAGGCGAUAAGGUACAAAAUAUUGUGCUCCUUGAGGAUGACAAUGUGGCUGGACUUGGUUCUGACAUUUCAAAUGGUUCUACAUUUGUCGCACUCGCUGUGCGGAAUGGUAUCUUGUUCGCAGGUGGUGAUAUCAGCGGCACCAUAGAUGGAACAGAUAUCCGUGGUCUUGUUUCGUAUGAUCUGGAGGCGAAAUCUUUCAAUUCGCAGCCCGCCUCUGUGUCGGGGGCCAACAGUACCGUCGCAGCUAUUGCCGUCCGCCCUGGAGACUCUGGAGACGUUUAUGUUGGCGGCUCGUUCGAUACUGCGGGUGCAUUGGACUGUCCUGGUCUCUGCACCUACAAUGUCAACUCUGGCCAAUGGAACCGUCCAGGUAGCGAGCUUGAGGGCACCGUUUAUAGCCUCUUGUGGUUGAGUAAGAACCAGUUGGUUGUUGGCGGUGAUCUCCGCGGUAACGGAUCUGACCAGCGCUUCCUUGCCAGCUGGGACGCCAACUCAGAGUCCUGGUCAAACUUCCCCGGUUCCGAAGACAUUCCAGGGCCUGUUGCGGUUAUCUCGCCUGGGUCAAUCGAUUACGACCAGCUUUGGGUUGCUGGUACUUCGCUCAAGGAUGACAGUGUCUUCAUCAUGAAGUAUGAUGGUGAGAAGUGGCAUACUGCCGGACCUUCCCUCUCUUCAGGCACCAUCAUACGCGGCUUGCAGGUCUUUUCGGUGACUGAGGAUCACGAAGCCGCCGACUUGUUGGACAAAAACCAGGUUUUGAUGUUGACAGGAUCCAUCGACAUGACUGGCUUUGGAGUUGCCUCGGCAGCUCUCUUUAACGGCACUACAUACCAACCAUAUGCGAUGACAAUCAAGGCGGGUGAUGGUCCAGGCACUAUUGCUGGCAUCUUCACCCAGCGUGACAGUUUCUUCAAAGAAGAGAAGCAUAUGGCCCUAGGCUUUGUGGUUCUUAUCGGACUUGCUAUUGCGCUUGGUCUGAUGCUCCUCCUCGUCCUUUGUGGCAUUAUUCUCGAUCGCAUUCGCAAGAAGCGAGAGGGCUACGUCCCUGCACCUACGUCCAUGUACGACCGGGGCAGUGGAAUGCGACACAUCCCGCCUCAUGAGCUCCUCGAGUCUCUCGGUCACGGGCGAGGUGGUGCACCACCACGUGUCUGA